AUGGUGCGCGUGGCGGUCGUAGGCUGCGCUCAUGGCUUGCUGGACGACAUCUACGCCACGAUCAACUUUGUCAAUGAGAUGGACCCGGCGCAUCCCGUCGAGCUGCUGCUAUGCUGUGGGGACUUCGAGUGUAUGCGCAAUAUGCGCGACCUCGAGACGCUGGCCUGUCCGCCCAAGUACCGCGCCCUUCACGCGUUUCAUCGAUACUAUAAGCAAGAGAAAAUUGCGCCUGUGCUAACGAUUUUUGUAGGUGGCAAUCACGAAGCGUCAGGGUAUCUGCAGGAGCUUCUCUAUGGUGGUUGGGUAGCCCCGAACAUCUUUUAUCUUGGUGCAUCAGGCGUGAUCAACGUCGCUGGACUGCGCAUUGCGGGGCUUUCAGGUAUUUACAAGCAGCAGCACUACACUGCAGGACGGUUUGAAGCACCACCUUAUGACAACACCACGAUGCGGAGUGUGUACCACGUCCGUGAACUCGAAGUCUUCCAGCUUUCGCACUUGCAGCAAGUGGACAAGACGCCACUGAAUGUCUUUUUGUCGCAUGACUGGCCUCGAGGGAUCGAGCAGCACGGCAACUUGUCGCAGCUGCUGCGUCGCAAACCGUUCUUCAAGCAAGAGAUCAUGACCAAUACGCUGGGCAGUCCUGCAGGCGAGUACUUGAUGUACCAGUUGCGCCCGCAGCACUGGUUCGCCGCGCAUUUGCACGUCAAGUUUGCUGCCGUCGUCGUUCAUCCGCAUCAAUCGAGAGGCGAGAAUAAGCCAAAUAAUGCAGAAGCUAGUGAGACUCACAAGACGGAGCAAGAUGCGGCGCCUGUAUUGCCGCCAUGCGAGCCAGUGACGACUAAGUUCUUAGCGCUUGACAAGUGCCUCCCGCGUAGAGAAUUCAUGCAGAUCUUAGACCUGGCCCCAUCAGCAGGUCGUCCUGCACGUCCGCAGCAGACAACGAAGGAUAUAGAGACCGUCGACAUGAAGCAGGAUGCCACUGUGGCUGAUGAAGGAACUGGGACCAGCCAUCGGACUGUUGCACGGUCAUCGCGACCAAGAAUCAUGUUCGACUUGGAAUGGCUUGCUGUUCUACGAGCUACACACCACCUUGCUUCAGUCAGUAAGUUUGCACCACGCGUGCCACAAGAGGAGAUGAAGAUCGAAGAUAAGGACCUUGCUUGGGUGAAGCAGCGCCUCGAGGAGUUUGUCGCCGAAAAGAAGCUGGACAAAGCUCCAGGCGAAUGGAUCACCGACUUCGUAAAGACUGCACCUGGCCACGGCGAGGAACAGGAUGGGUCUGUAGUAGUGACGGGCAAUCCUCAAACGGAUCUGCUGUUGGAGCUGCUGCAGCUUCCGCAUGUCAUUACGUCGCCGUUUUCUGGCGAUGGUGCAGCUUCCAGAGCUGUUGAGGAUCCCAAUGAGAUCGAUCUAGAUGACGAUGAAGAUGCUAGUGACCUGGACUCGAAGCCAGUGGACGUCGAAGAUCGCACCAGCCGCCAUGGACUCGCACUUGCCAAUGAAACAGUAGUAACAAACAUUGAGAUAGCCGCACCUGCAGACCUAUGCGAAAUCGACCUUGACGGAGAAUAA